UUUAUUAGGCUUGUACGGACGGACAUACACAAAUAUUCUUUCUUCUCGCUUUCUUUCUAUAUCAAAGUAAAAGUCUUAAAUACAGUCCUUUUAUUUCUCCCUCUAGGGUUUAUAAAUCCUCGUAUUCUUCUAGGGUUUCACUUUAAUUCUUCUUCUUUCUCAAAGAUCCAAUCUUUCGAUCCAAUCUCCAGAUUAUAUAACCUAGAAAUUGGAAUUCUGGAAUUAGGGUGUUGGGUUUUCUUAUAAUGGCAGAUCAAGACGACGAUGAAUUUCGUAUGGCUUUACGAAUGAGUUUACAACCUUCUCCACCUUCACCACCUGAGGCGAAAAGGAGUAAACCUAGAGAUAAUGUGGGUUCUUCUUCUAGUCAAGAGGGAGAAGAAGAAGAAUUAUCACCAGAGGCUAAAACUAGGAAAUUGCAAAGAGAACAAAUGGCUGCAGCUGCUGAGAAGAGAAUGAUGACGGGGAAGAGCCCUGUUGUAGCAGCUCCUAAAGUCGAAAAGAAAAUUGAUGUAGUUCAGGGGCCAGAAAAAAGUUGUAGUAGUCUGGGUUUGGAUAAGAAGCCUGCAGAAAAGAGCGUUGUAAUUGAAAAAAGUGGUGGUGUUGGAGAAGUGGGGAAAAGUUUGAAUUUUGGGGAAGAAUUGUCAGCACAAGAAGCUGAUCAAUUGUUUAGAAUGGUGUUUGGGGAUUGUGUUUCGAAAGAUAUUCUUGCACAGUGGAGUAACCAAGGUAUUAGGUUUAGCUCUGACCCUGAAACAUGUAUGGGACUUGUGCAACAUGAAGGGGGACCUUGUGGUGUGCUAGCAACCAUACAGGCGUUUGUUCUCAAGCACCUAUUGUUUUCUUCAGAUGAAGUAGGUAAAAAUACAGUCACCUUGGCGACCCAAGUUUUCGCUCCCAGUAUAUGUUCUCAAAGUGAAUAUGCUGUACUGGGUAAUUUUGCUUCUCUAACUGAAGAUGGGAAGGCAAGGGCUUUGAUUCAAAGUAUGGCAGACAUAUUAUUUCUAUGUGGAAGCAAGAAAAGAGCUGUUAUUGUUACUUUAAAUCUUUCAAACCACUGGCCAGAGGAUGCUGAAGAUGGCCAGAAGGAGGAGGCAGUGACGAAAGCCCUGCAAGGUCUUUCAAUCGAAUCAGCUUCGGACUUGCAGAAAGUCUUGAGAGUUAACACAUAUACCUCACAGUCGAGUGCUUGUCAGCAGCUGAAGGCAGUGCUUCCUGUUUUUCAAAGUCGUAUGGGGGCACUGCUGUUCUUAAUUUCUUCUCUUCUUUCCCGAGGACUGGAAACUGUUCAAGCAGACAGGGAUGAUCCUACUUUACCGUUGGUUACAGCUCCGUUCGGACAUGCAUCACAGGAAAUCGUGAACCUACUUCUUUGUGGGAAGGCUGUAGCUAAUGUGUUUGAUGGGAGCAUGGAUUUAGGUGGAGGCAUGUCUCUAAAGGGCAUACCCACAAAUGUAGAGGUUGGAUUCCUAACUUUGCUCGAGUCUCUUAACUUCUGCAAAGUUGGCCAGAAUUUGAAAUCUCCGAAGUACCCAAUCUGGGUCAUCGGGAGUGAGUCCCAUUACACAGUUCUUUUUGCACUUAAAGCAAGUGUUCAAGAUAAGAAUGAACAAGAAGAACGUGAAUCCCAGAUCAGGAAAGCAUUUGAUGCCCAAGACCAGAGUGAUGGAGGAGGGUUUAUAAGUGAGGAAGGACUCCAUCAAGUUCUUAGGCAAAUGAAUAUCAGUCUACCACAAGAGAAACUCAACAACCUGUGCAGUAUGGGAGUCAUAGUAUGGAGUGAAUUCUGGCAGGUUCUGUUGGAUUUGGAUAAGAAUUUGGGGGGUUUCAAGGAUUCAACAGGAUUGAUGGGUAAAAAGGUGUUUGAGCUAUACCAUUUUAAUGGGAUUGCAAAAUCUGUUAUGAAUGGUAGCCAAGGAAUUUCUGGUGGUGAAAGUCCUAUGCAGAGACCUAGGCUUUCUAGACUGAGAGUCACGGUUCCACCGAGAUGGACACCGGAGGAGUUUAUGGCUGAUGUUGUAGGCCCUCAGAAUUUGGGGGGAAAUGGCUCUGGUGGGAAAGACACUGUCAUCGAAAUAACUCAGCCGGAGCCUCCUCAGCAUGCACCAUUGGUCGAUUGCAUCCGAACCCGCUGGGCACGAGCCACUUGCAAUUGGGUAGGGGACCCCCCUAGUAUUGUUUGAACCGUUCAUCAGUUGUAGUAGGAAAGAAAAAAAGUAAGAGAGGAUCAAACAGGGAGAAGCAAGGCAAGGGUCCAAAAUUUGCAACACCACAACAGCUAUCAAAAGCGCAGUAAUGCAGAGAUGGUUUUGUGUAGGGCGUUAUUGUUGCCAGGUAAUUUGUGUAAGAACGGAAUCAAUUCUGCAAUCUUGUUAUUCAUAAUAAUAAGUGUAAUAUUAUAUUACUUAAGUUUCUCCCUAUUUAUUUCCGACUUCUUGGAGGGGAUUUGAGUAUCCAGUCUAUUUCAGACAAGGGAUCAAUUUAUCAGAUAAUGAACCUUCUGGUUUUUAUUAGGGUCCUCUCCAAGAAGUUUGUAACUGUAAAUUGUCUCCGCUUUGGGACUGCAAGUAAUUGGAUAUCUUUGAUUCUUCAGAAUAUAGGUUUUCUUUCUUCUCUUGCUA